AUGGCUAGCCUUGUCAGUAAGCCUCUUGCCAAGUUUCGGAGAGCCGAGUCUCCCUUACCUCUACACUCUCGCUGGGGGGACGCGGCAAUCUCAGUCCCUACGGAUGGUUCAUGGAGCCAAUAUGACAAUCCUCAUCACCACAUGGCCAAAGAAAGACAGUCCUAUGGGCCAGGAUUUGUCCCUGACAUCCCUCCUGACGGGGUCCAACCUUCUCAAAGAGAAAGCGAUUGGAGAGACCACGGAGAUACCAGGAAUAGAACCUUCCGGCGAAAUUCCAUUUCCCGGCUCUCCAUCCGUCUGUCAUCUCGCCCUAGACACCAGAGAACGAGAGGGGAGAGCCCAGCUGACCGAGGACGAGAGAGCCUUCUACCAGAAUACAGGCGCACAGAAUUUUCGUACAUGCCAAUCCAGCACGACUAUCUUUCCGAAAUGAACGAUAAUUCUAAGCAAAUAACGCCGACUCCUUUCCGCUACAUUCCCGUUUCUACUCAGAGUCCACGGAGUCAGUCUGCAAGAACAUUUCCAAUUUCACAUAGCCGAAGAGACUCAUUCGCCGAUUCAGUCGAAUGUCGAGACCGAGACGCUCCUAUGAGACGUGGUUCACAUCAAGAAGACAACCACAGAAGUCUUAAAUCAAGUCUGGACGAAAACUCGAACAGCUCCUCUCGACGCACGUAUGGCCCUCCACCCAGACGAUGUACUUCACCUUUUGUUGCGGCAGAUCGGAAACGAUCGUCGUCCUUGAAACCUAUGACAUUAACAAUGGUCCCUGAUCCUGGUGAACUUUACUAG